GACAUCAGAGUUCAAAGGUCAGAUUGAAAUGAGAGGCACACGUAAGUGGCAAUGAGGAGCUGAAGAGGUGAGCAGAUCAUUCAGGAAAGUGAAGAGUGGAGAGCAUCAUGGUCGCCAUCUCAGAGUUUCAGAAGAUCGGCGUGGGUUUGUCAGGCUUUGGCAUAUUCUUCCUGCUGUUUGGAGUGUUGUUGUACUUUGACUCUGUCUUGCUGGCAUUUGGUAACAUCUUGUUCCUGACUGGUCUGGCUUUCAUCAUUGGCCUGAGGAGAACAGCUCACUUCUUCUUCCAGAGGCAAAAGCUUAGAGCGUCCUCCUUUUUCCUGGGUGGUGUGGCUUUAGUGGUGCUCCGAUGGCCACGCAUAGGCAUGCUCGUGGAGAGUUACGGCUUUGUGCUUCUGUUUAAGUCAUUCUUCCCACUGGCUUUUGGAUUUCUUGGAACAGUAUUGAAUUUGCCAUUCCUCACUACACUAUUUAACUCAGGAAGCAGCUCCUCUAUGGUGUAAGAGUUCUCACAAAGAUGACGGCACAGUGAAGCAUGACGACACCAAGAUAUGAGUGUAGAUCCAAUGCUGUGGUGUGUGGCAGCUUUUGGGGAACAACAGUUUAAAAAGUCAUAUCCAGGAAGCACACCAUGAACUCAUCGAUCACCCAAGUGUGAAACGCAUGUGUUUGUUUUUUCCGUCUGUGUGGAAUGUGUACUAUUUUAAGAAUAUUUUCAUUUGUGUAUUAUUUUUGAAUAAACCCAGUGUUAUUUUUAAA